CUCUCAUGAUAUUUGUUCCCGACGACGCAAUUUUGGCUCGUUUGCUGUCGCCCUUCUCGCAUGGCGUUGUCCAGGUGGUCUCGGGCAUGAUCAUCGACGCUAUUGCAGACUACAUGGAGGCAAACGGGCGUAACGGCGCAGCGGAGUGCUACCAGACACUUGCACGCCAGAUGAACGACUUCGUGGACAUCUUCAACGGGAACUACGGUCGGAGUAAGGUGGACCGCAAGGACGGGAGCAAGAAGAUGGUAGGGUGCAUCAGGUCGUUCGAAUCCGCGCCCAUGGACCGGCUGUUGGAGAUCCUCGAGUUCUUCGACGACUGGCAAAGCACCCUCGAGCGGAAGCACAUCCCUUCGGGGGAAGGGGACAAGCUUGGCUGGAAGAAGCACUUCAUCACGCACCAGUCUUGGUUCGAUCUUCGCCUGAGCAUUCUCGGCUUCGUCAGCAUGUGCCGCUACCUCUUCGAAGACCCCGAGCGUUUCCAGAUCGACAGCCUGUCACCCAACUGCCGACGCUUCUUGAGUCCGCGAAACUGCAGCCAGGACAUCUGCGAGCACAGGUUUUCGCAUAUCCGGGCGGCGCUGGGGACACACAGGAAUCCGACGGCGCGAGAGGCGAAGAAACGCUCGGCCGUCGGGGACCUUUGCCGAGCCACGAACGGCAAGAGGCGCAGGAAUGCUAGCAGGAACCCCAACGCAAGGUCAGGGGGCGACUUCGAAGAACACGGCGACAGCGAGAAGAAGGCGAUCAUAUUGGCAGUGACGAAGGUCGAGACGGGGAAGGAGGUUAGAGCGUGGUGUAGAAACACGCCCGCGGAGGUGCUGUGCCCUAGGUACAUGGAUAUCUAAAGCAUCCCGCAGAGAGAGCAAACAACUUGUCGAUGCUGCUCACUGCUGUACGUAGUUUUGGAGGUCACCCCUGUAAAUAUCCUGUGUCCUGAUUAUUUUCUUUGUGUUUGCUGACUACUGCCACACACAUCCAGAUUUUUGUCGACAUUCGGCGUGUUGGGAUUUCGCAGAUUGAUGCUCAAGCUGUUUACCAAUGUCAUCGACGCUUCGUUCUAUUUUUAGUUUUAAUAUAGUCUAGAUGGGUCAUCUUGUUUCGAAGCAUAUUGCCAUGACAUAUGGCAUCUUAGGGUUACGGUUAGGGUAUUGUAGAUGGAUAUAGAUGUGGAUGACCUUCGGUCUGGUUUGCUGUGUGCGUGUGUAUUUGUGUGUUGAGGCGCACGAUGCGGCCGGGUGCUAGAUAGUUUGCUCCCCUAUCGUUGUACGGUGGAAAUGUUUGCCGGCCUUUGUUAGGUGAUAAGCGGCUUGAUGUCAUCCUGUUAUGUAGGUAGUGUGAGUUCUUCUUUUUACACGGUAAAAUGUGUCGCAACAUACAUACGGCAUCUUCAUGUUCGUUGUAGAUGUACUUCGGUCGACACUGUCAUGCCCUUGAGGUUUUUUUUUGUGUUUGCCCAAAGGCGCCGGAUGCGGCCGUCCAGCUAGAAAGUUUGCAAACCGGUCCGUUCAAUCGUUGAGAUGUUUCCCGACCUUAGUUAGGUUUUGUGAUCCCCCUGGUGGGCACAUGCGAACUGUCUAGUAUACUUCUAAGUAUAAGAUCGUGACGACAUUGACGUUAACAGCAUGUUUGUAGACCUCGAUGAGAUUUCGUGUUCGCCAAGUGCAGCACCUUUUUUUUGGAAGCGGAGGGCCGUUUGUGCGUUGCUGCUUCAGGUAUAACUUUUACGGACAUCGCUUUGGUAUUGUGGUCCCCGACAACUGGAUUGUACGCCGUAGUUCUUCUGACGUCCGUGAUGAAGGGUGGGAGGGUGAACGAGAUUUCCUACCACCCACCGGCUCACGAGAAGCCACCCGGCCGAUAGACACCCUCGCUGAAAAAUUUCAUGUUUUUUUAUUUCGUGUAUCAAUAUGAACUGAUGGAAAAGAGAAAAGGGAGAGGAAAAUAAAUGGAUCUUCGCCCAACAGUUCGAAGAGUAACCCCGCCUCGUAGGCAGUGAUAUAAAACUUACAUGAGAAACACUACCCUGUGCUCGUGGAUACAAGUAGGAAAUUGGUGUGCAGCUCCAAGCACACUAUUUAAUUUUACGCUGCAUUGCAAUGGGCGCUCAAAUAAACACAGAGCAUGCCCCUGCAUGUUUUUUCCGCCCUACAUGUACUACGGACGUUCUGGGAAGAAUUGCCGAGAUAGCAAACUCAAGUGCGCAUCUAGGACAACACAUCCAAAAAACAAACUACUGAAACACGCCGCUCCUUCCUGCUUCAUGGCCAAACAAUGAUGAAAAAUAAACAUCGCAUCCCCCCCAAACAUGCAACGGGUAUUGCCUCUUCUACACAAGCCCGCCCAAUCACGCUUCGCGCUACUCGUCAUCAAACGCCCCAGGAAGAAAUAAUCCCAUGGAAGAAUCUUCUUCGUCUACUUCCAAGGCUCCCAUAUUCCCUACAGAUUCUCUUCCCCCCUCGCUCCCACCCGCCAGACCACGCAGCCGUUUCAAUUCUGCUCUACCCUCGACCCCCCCUUCCAGCCCCCGCCCGUGUGGUUCAUCGUCACCCUCGUUCCCCUCACCCCCCUGCCGUUCACCCGGAAGAAUGAUUGGUCUAUUGAGGAACAAAUCAUCAGCUUCCUUGCUGUUCUGUCCGUCCAUCUCAAACGAAACUCUAGCUGCAUGAGGAAACUCACCAGCUUCCUCCACCCCCACAUGCGAACGUGAGUCGUCGUCAAAUCCCUCCUCGACUGCCUCUAAGUCUUUCUCGUCUCCAACCACUUCCAUAGCUGCUACCUCCUCCUCGGAUGGGAAGUUGACUUCGUCUGAAACUUUACCCUCCCCGCCUCCCGCCACUACUACACCGUUGCCCCGCGGUUCCCUAUCCACAGCCCGUUCCGACUGCGUCAUUUGGGCGCUGACUUGCGAUUGCUGGAAGAGCAUAGCAGCGUGGUGUACGGCGGACAAAUGCAACCCCCCGGAACGGAGCUGUAAAUUUCCGUUCGCAGCCAACGGCGCGGCUGCAAUCGGCGCGCCGACCACACACCCAGCUGCACCGCCCCCUUGCAAUCCAGCAUCCCCACCGCCGAGCACCGCGCCCGUGCCUUCGCCCGCGACGAGCUCAGACACGGCCGCACCGGCCCCUUGCAACCCAGCACCCCCCCCCACCGCCGAUCCGAUGCCGCCGGCGCCCUCGACACAAGGAACACCGGCAACCACGGCGCCCGUGCCUUCGCCCGCGACGAGCUCAGACACGGCAGCACCGGCCCCUUGCAACCCAGCACCCCCCCCCGCCGCCGAUCCGAUGCCGCCGGCGCCCUCGACACAAGGAACACCGGCAACC